AUGUCACUCGAAACUAAUGUGAAGGUGACCAGUGACCUACCAUAUCCCAUCACUGUUGCGCAGUUGUACGUAAAACCGGGUGAUCACGUUGAAAAAGGCCAACGAUUAUUUGCUUACGAGUAUUGGGAUUUCCAGGACGUUCUGGUGAAGUAUGAGGAGAAGACUAAGAAGCAGCGGGUGGAUCGGGUGGCUACUUUUGACUCCCCUGUCUCUGGAACUGUAAAAGAGUGGCAUUGUUCUGUAAAGGAUGAGUUUGCCAGUGCGAAUCACGAAGUUAUCACGAUCAGACAGGAUUGCAACCACGAUAUAACGUACGGCGGGCUAUGUGUUCAGUGUGGGAACACGGUAGAUGAAGAGGACAACAGCAAAAACUUGACAAUAUCUCAUGUCAACACAAAUAUCAAGGUUUCUGAGCAACAAGCAGAGACGCUCGAGAGAUCUUCUUUAACUAGACUAAGGGAAGAAAAGAAACUUGUUCUCGUUGUUGAUUUGGAUCAAACGGUGAUACAUUGUGGGGUGGACCCUACCAUCGGUGAAUGGAUGAGGGACCCAAAGAACCCCAAUUAUAAGGCUUUGCAAGAUGUCAAAAGUUUUACUCUCGAGGAUGAACCAAUUAUCCCCUCAUUCUAUUUUGGACCGAAACCUCCAGCUAGAAAAUCAUGGUACUACGUUAAGUUGAGACCAGGAUUAAAAGAAUUCUUUGAAGCAGUAUCCCCUCAUUUUGAGAUGCAUAUAUACACUAUGGCUACCAGAUCUUACGCGCACGAGAUCGCGAAGAUCAUCGACCCCACUGGUGAGUUGUUCGGUGAUAGGAUUCUAUCCCGUGAUGAGAAUGGUUCAUUAACAACCAAAUCAUUGGAGAGAUUAUUCCCCAUGGACCAGUCGAUGGUUGUUGUUAUAGACGAUAGAGGUGAUGUGUGGAAUUGGUUUGAAAAUUUAAUCAAAGUCGUUCCAUAUAGUUUCUUUGUUGGUAUCGGAGAUAUCAAUUCGAACUUUUUGCCAAGACAGCAAAAUUCUGUGUUACACCUUGGCAGACACCAUAGGCGGAAACAAGAAGAAGAGAAGCUAAUUUCAGACAUCAUUGAUAAUGAGAAAAAGUUAAAGGAAAAGAUCGAUGAAGAAGUUAAGAGACAAGAAGAGAUUAUAAGUCACAUUGGAGAUGAUAACACGAGAAAGGAAGGUGGUCCACCCAAUAAGGAAGACAUCUCCAAAAAACUUGAGCAUAGCGCAUCAUUAGAAGUACAACAACAGAAUCGUCCGCUUGCUGAACUACAAAAGCAUUUACAUAACCAGACUUUACUUAUUGAUGAUGACGAUGAAUUGCCACACUUGUCCCAAAUCUUGCUGCGAGUUCAUAAAGAAUAUUUCAAUCAAUAUACAGAAGCUCCUAAGAAUCCUCCUGAUAUCAAGUACCUAUUACCACAGAUGAAAUAUAAAGUAUUUCAAGGUUGUCACUUCGUAUUUUCUGGCCUAAUACCACUAGAAACAGACGUUAGAAAGGCGGAUAUAGUACUUUGGACAGAUAUGUUUGGGGCUACGACAUCAUCAGAUAUUAACUACAAAACUACACACAUCAUCACUACGACAUCGAGAACAUUCAAAGCACGUCUUGCCAAAUCGUUCAAUCCUGAUAUCAAGAUUGUUCAUCCAGAUUGGCUCUUUGAAUGUUUGGUCCAAUGGGAAAGAGUUAAGGAAUCACCGUACGAGUUACUCAUUCAAGACCCUGUCGAUGAGGACAAAGUAAAAGAGUUCAAGGAGAAGUUGGACAAGAAAAUAUCAAAUCCUUCAUCCAGUGUCAAUCCAUUCGAAGAUGGAAAUGAGGACGAAGAGGUUCUUGGAGAUGAGUUCCAUCUUCUAGCAGGCAAUGACUCCUGGUUAGACAAUGACGAUGAUGAAAUGGACGAGCUUCUCAAUGAUGAGGACGAUGAUGCUCAAAAUGAUGAAGAAAACGAAGGGGAUGAGGAAACGGAUGAGGACGAGCGUCCUUCAGUCAAAAGGCGUAAGACUCAAUUAGAUGACACAAAAGACUUUAAUCAUUCUGAAAUCCCAGAAACCGACGGGCAGGCAGAGAAUCAUGGCGUAGACCAAUCAUCUUCUGAACCUGACGAAGAUCUAGAGGACGAUCUAGAAGCCGAGCUCUUACUCGAACUAGAAGGGUAA